AUGCGCGGCUUCAUCUUGAAGAAGUUUGGGGAGAUGAAUUUCUGUCAUGUUUUGGACAACAGUGGCUCCGAUUUGAGCUUCUCAGACUCGCCCCGACGAUUAUCAAUUCAGCAGGAUUUCCAUAAAAGCGAGCUUCUUGAUGUUGUUUCAGAUCCAACCUUGGUGAGAUCUUGUAUUUUGUUUAACACUAAAGGGAUUUCACCUACUUUAUUGCCAAAGUUCAAGCAUAUGAGAACACUUGAUUUCGACGAUGCUCCUCUUAAUUUUCUUCCUGAUGAUAUUGGAGAUCUAUAUCUCCUGGAGUAUCUGAGUUUAAGAAACACAAGAGUCAAGAAGCUUCCUAAAUCAAUCGGCAGGCUUCAGAACCUUCUCACUUUAGACCUUAAGAAUUCUCAGGUUCAAAAGCUACCUAUGGAAAUAAAGAGGCUCCUCAAGCUUCGUCAGCUUCUGGGUUAUUCCUACCACGGCGGCAGCACCGAUUCAAGCAUGGAUUUUUCCGCCCAAGGAUUGGAGAUAACAGAAGGAUGUGGGAAUUUCCAGUCUCUACAAAUACUAAAUGCUAUCAAUUUUCCAAGAAAACCUUCCAUAAUUAAAGAAUUAAAGAAGCUAAAGCCACAACUAAAGAAGUUGGGCAUCACUAAGAUAAGAAGCGAACAUGGAAAGGAACUAUGUGGUCUCAUAGAUGCUUUAAGCAACCUUACCUCAUUGUGGAUCGGAGCCGUGGACGAGGAUGAAUUUCUAGAGUUGGACCUGGUAACCAACCCACCCAAGAACCUUAAGCGACUUUACUUGGAGUGUCGUUUGAGGAAAUUACCAGAAUGGAUUCCCAAACUCAAAAAGCUCAAGAGACUACGCUUGAUUUGCUCAGGACUAACAGAAGAUCCUAUAUUUGCUCUCAGAAACUUGAAUGAACUAUUGGAGCUACGACUUCGAAGGGCUUACCAAGGCGAGGAACUGCAUUUCAAGAAAGGGUGGCUGAAAAAGCUCAAGAUUUUACGGCUUAGGUAUCUGCAGCACCUGAAAAGGUUGAAAAUAGAUGAUAAGGCACUGCCACAACUUGAGACUUUAUACCUCGGACCGUGCUCUCAGAUGGCGGAGGUGCCCGAAGAUCUGCAGAAUCUCAAGAAAUUGCAGACUCUUCGUUUCUGUGACAUGCCUGAAGCAUUCACAAUGAGCAUGCAGGAAGGACAUUCUAAGUAUUCCAUCAUCAAAGACAUACCCCAUAUGUUUUUCCGUAGCAGCGAGCUUGGAGUCAACGGAUAUAUCAACAACUCUCGUCAUCUUGCCAAUAUCAUGAAGAACAGAUACGGUGAUGAAAAUCCCGGGGUGAGCAACAUGAUCAGCAACAAUUUGGUUUCGAAAGGGAAGUGGCUAUUCCCAAAUGACAUAAAGGGAAUAGAUGAUGAGUGGUUUUGGGUUACAGCACUGUUGAUGGCUGUUUUGGCUCUCCUCCUAGCUUUCGCAUCCAAUUAUCUGGAGCAACAUUCUUUUCAGAUUUUCUGA